AUGUCCGCCCGGGUGGCCCUCCUGCUGCUCUGGGGUCUCUCCCUGAACCCAGUGACCGAGGAGGCCGUAUACUGCGACACAAGGCCAACCCUGUGGGCAGAGGCCGAAUCGCUGCUGGAACCCUGGGCCAACGUGACGCUGACAUGCCAGAGCCCCUUGUGGACCCUGGAGUUCCAGCUCUUCAAGGAUGGGGUGGCCCAGGAACUGGUGCACCUGGGUUCACCUGCCACCGAGUACAGAUUCCCACUGGGAGCAGUGACUGGUGACACCCGGGGCCUCUACCGCUGCCGCUACAGCAUGGACGGUGGGAGGACCAGCCUGAGCAACCUCGUGGAGGUGACUGGUCCCUGUUCUCUUCCGGCCCCCUCCCCGAGUGGCUGGUGGCCUUGGGUAAGUCAGGUGACAUCUCUGAGCCUCAGUUUCCCCAUUGGCGAUGACCAGUUUCUGGAGGUGGCUGAGGCCCCAAAGGACAGGCAGGCCACCUUCCCAGUCCACCGGGCUGGCAACUACAGCUGCAGCUACCGGACCCACGCAUCAGGCACCCCCUUGGAGCCCAGUGCCACUGUGACCAUAGAGGAGCUGGCCACGCUGCCGCCACCCACGCUGACUCUGAAUAGCGGGUUUGCAGGGCUCCUACGCCCCGGCUCGCGCGCGACUCUCACCUGCGUGGCGCCCCUGAGCGGAGUGGACUUCCAGCUGCGGCGGGGCGAGGAGGUGCUGCAGGUACCCAUGGCCAGUACCAGCCCAGACCGCGUCUUCUUCCAGCUGAACACGCUGGCCCCGGGAGACGGCGGUGUCUACACGUGCCACUACCGGCUGCCAGAGGAGCUAGCGCUCUGGUCCUUGGACAGCGCGCCCGCUGAGCUGGUGCUGAGCGAUGGGACGCUCCCGGCGCCGGAGCUGUCGGCCGAGCCCGCGACUCCAAGUCCCAAGCCGGGGACGCUGGUGCAGCUGCGGUGCCGGGCCCCCCGCGCCGGCGUGCGCUUCUCCCUGGUGCGCGAGGGCGCGGGCCAGCGCCGGGUGCACGGUCUCUUGAGUCCCGCGGGGACGGAGGCCCACUUUGAGCUGCGCGACGUCUCGGCGGUCGACUCGGCCAACUACAGCUGCGUCUACACAGACACGGCGCCGCCCUUCGCGGGCUCCGCGCCCAGCGCGCCCGUGGAGCUGCGCGUGGACGGACCCCUGCCCAGGCCGCGGCUCCGGCCCCUGUGGACGGGGGCCGUGACUCCGGGCCGCGAUGCUGUCCUACGCUGCGAGGGCCACGUGCCCGACGUCUCCUUCCUGCUGCUACGGUCCGGUGAAGAGGAGCCCUCGGCGGUGGCCUGGACCACCCAACCCUCCGCGGACCUCGUGCUGACCUACGUGGGCCCCCAACACGCCGGCAGCUACAGCUGCGGCUACCGCUCCAACUGGGCCCACUCCCUGCUGUCCCAGCUCAGCGACCCGGUGGAGCUCCAGGUGGCAGGUGGAGCUCAGUUCCGUGGGCGCGUCGAGGCUCCCGGCCUUUGCCCGGAUUGUACCCUCCUACAGGAGUGCCCUUUGCCGCACCUCCUCCCAGCACUAACACUGGCCUAG